GAGCCAUCUCCCGAAACCGAUUAUGAGACUGGCUUAUUGGAACUGUUUCUAUCAUUGGCUCAAACUAAUAAACCAUCGAGGAUAGAAAGAUAUUUGUCGAUGGGACAAUGCCGCAAUUCACCAUCUAAAUCUUCAAACCAGCUAUCUUUAGUAUUAUAUUAUUAUUUU